AUCAGUGGUUUCGUUUCAGGCGAAUAAGUGCAGUGUGAGAAAGCCUUUCAACAGCUCAUACUCGCGCCGCUCAACAGCUAACAAUUCGGCAAAUCUUUGUGUCAAUUACAUCGGAAUAAGUGCCACGAUGAAACACGGAUUAUUCCUUAUCGCGCUUCUCGUUGCUGGAACAGCUCUCACCUCAGGUGAGGAUGGUUCAGCUUAUAUGGCCCCAACAACAGCCCCCAGCCUGAACGCAAUUAAUCCCAACAAAACAACUACGACCCACAGCCCCAACACAACAACAACUACGACCCACAGCCCCAACACAACAACAACUACGACCCACAGCCCCAACACAACAACAACUACGACCCACAGCCCCAACACAACAACAACUACGACUCACAGCCCCAACACAACAACAACUACGACCCACAGCCCCAACACAACAACUACGACCCACAGCCCCAACACAACAACGACGACCCACAACCCCAACGUAACAACGACGACCCACUACCCCAACGUAACAACUCACAACCCAAACUCAACAACUACUGCACCUACUACUACAUCAAUGCCAAUGCCAAUGCCAACACCAUCUACCAACAUGACAACUGGGAACUAUAAUGUCAGUGAUGGUAAAGGCGCACCGUGUAUUAUGGUUGAGGCGGCAAUCGGGAUUCGUGUGAACACCAGCGAGGUAAAUGAUACAUACAUUGUUCAGCCAAAAAAAACUAAUGUCAAAGGAAAUUGCUCGGAAGAAGAAGCUUUUCUCAUGAUCUCAUUCAGUGAAGGCAAUAUUUCCUUACAGUUUCAAAAAGAUAAGACAACGAAAAAGGUCUACGUCAAGUAUGUGCAAUACCAUUUGAGCUAUGCUUUCAAAAAAGGAAUUGAAGGAAAUUACACAGGGAUGAACACGUCUCUUGAGCUGUUUUCUGUGGAUGCGGGUCACUCUUACUCCUGCAAGGACGAGACGGUGCACAUGGGGAACGGUGUGAGUCUGGAUCUGACUCAAUACAAGGUUCAGGCCUUCGAUAUCAAAAACAAGAAUUUCGGACCACCUGAACUAUGCAAGGCUGAUCAACCUGACUACCGCGUUCCCAUCGCCGUGGGCGUAAUCCUCAUCAUACUCAUCAUCAUUGUAGUCAUUGCUUACCUCAUCAGCAGGAAACGGAGGACUGAUGGGUACCAGUCACUAUAAAGGCCUAUAAUUCAUGAUUCAUGAGAAUAAUAGCAAUUUUAGUUUGCAUGAAUUUUAAUGCUGUUAUGUAUGUCUAAAGCGAAAGUUGUCUAUGUAUACCAUUGAACAUGGAUGGCCUAGGAUCUUUCCAAACAAUGUGUACUAUGCAGGGACAGUCUGCCACAUCCUAGCAAACUGAAUCUGCCAUCACACUUUUGACAUCACAAUAAGAUCAUGAUACAACCAGAUGGCAAAUGGCUUACAUGCCUUGUUUUAGCCUAUAUUUGUAAACUAAUUAACCUUUUUCAAGAACCUAAUACUGACAAUACAGAAGGAUGUGCUUAAUCUGUUGUUGCUCCAUCUUAAGUGUAAUUGCUCUUUUGUCUAGGUGCUGGUCACUGUCUGUCACACAUCUAAUGCAUUUUCUGUGAUAGACGAUAAGCCAUUGUUAACCUGAUUCUUUUUAAAGGGGCCUAAAGGGAUGCUUAUAAGGGAAUUCAUUUACUUACGUUGUGUAAUUAGUAACAGAAAGUAUUUUACUAGUAGUUGCAAUCUAGUAUUCAUUCUGUAAAAAAAAAAAUCUGUUUUUAACCUGAAGAGUUGUACUAUACUGUAUUGUGUUCUGAAGCUGCAUUUACAGUGUAAACAGACUUUCGGGGAAUAUUGUGUAAUUUUGGUUACAAAUAAAAAAUAAUUUGUUUAAAAAAAUCAGCGAAUGUAAUAAUUUUUUAAAAUGCAUUUAAUUGAACACAUAAUAAACAAUGCAUCAUCCUGGA